CAUCUUUUAUCUGUUCCUUUGUUUUGCAAAUUUAUUUCAAGUUGCAUUUCGCUGAUAUUUUUCCAAAAUUUGGACGAUUAUCUUUCAAAUUGUUUGAUUUAUUGAAUAUUUCCGCUUAUAAUGUCGGAGGAAAGUUCAUUCGAAAUCAUAAACAGGAAAUCCGACGAACUAGAAGCCUUGAAAAAUGAUAUUGUGCAAAGAACCAAUAUGAAAAGUGCUUCGUUGGUUUCCAGUCCACCUUCAGAUUUACCCAAUUUCAUAACUGUUUCAUCAUACCCUACUCCAGGUCCAAGUGGCGUUACAUAUCCAGCAGGAGCAAAAUCAGAUAAUUCCGACCCUCAAUCAAAAUCUGAUAGCGAAAAAUCACCCGAAGGCAAUGACGGAUCAUUGGGCAGUUCUAUAUUCGGCUGGGUUAAAGAUACUGUUGGCACUACGGGCACUUCGUUACUCAGCAAAGUUGCUGAAAAAGCCAAAAGUUCUGUCGAUUCUGUUAUAACGACGUUGGAUCCGCAGAUGAGAGAUUUCAUUCCUAAUAAUGGAGGCGUUGAAAUAAUCGUAGCUUCUGAUAAAGAAAUAGAAGUCAGUCCGAUACGUGAAGCUUUCCAACAAACAUUUAGUAGAAGUUCUGUCAGAGGGCUUGAAACUGAUACUAUCGAAGUAGCUAAACAAAUAGUCGGAUUCGAUUCCGCAUCUCAAGCUUCCACACUUCGAGUGGAUAGUAUAAGAAACCAGCAUCCAGUCAACUGCCCUAUAAUCGCAGUACAGAGUUUUAUUGCCGAAAUUAGCGAAGACAAAUGGUAUGAUCUCGAUUUACUGGUAUUACACGAUCUCGAAAAAGGUUUACAAUUGGAAACUUAUUCGCAAAUGAUUCCUAUCCCCACUUCCAUAAUUAACUUAGCCAGAGAAGAUACGGAAAAAGAUUAUAAGUAUUCGAAAAGUGGAUUCUCCGUUACCGUCUCUCACAUAAUGGGAAACAACUUACAGGUACAUCCUUCCGAAUGGCAUGAAACCUUGACCGGGGUAUCAAGAAGAAGUAGAAUACUAUUCGCAGCAAAAGUUCUCGCCAACCUAUACAAAAACACAUUACUGUAAAUUUUCACUUUUAUUGUCGGCGUGUAAAUUUUUCAUUAUAAAUAAUACAUGGCUUAUGAAAUCAGUUUGUAACCAUCACACGUUAUAUAUUUAGAUGAUUAAAUACAUGUGAAUCUUAACAGUUAGUGUAAAAUGAUGAAGCUAUUCCAUCGCAUUGCCAUACAACAACCAAAGCGUAUAAGCUGAUUAUCAAGCUACCAGAUAAUGAAUUCCAGUUACGUACUUCAGACGAAUGAACGUCUUCGUCAAUGUAAAUAAAAAAAUGUGUUAAAAAUCAUGUCCUAAAGGAUUUUACUUUGUUGGUUGAUUCUGAGAUCACUUUUUCCAUGGUUUUUAAACAGUUUUUAGCCGCCAUGUGUACUUUUUCGUCUAGUUUAUCUGCGCAGAUUAACGAUAAAAUUAGCAUUACUUAAUUUAAUUCUCUUGUUAUGUUUCCAUAAUGUAUAAAUAAAUACGUACAUAUA